CGCCUCGCUUCGCGCUCCUCGGCCUUCGCGGCCCGGCGAUGGAGGCGGCGGCUCCCGAGGGCGCCGAGCCGGGGAGCGGCGGGAGCGGCGCGGAGGAACCCGUGGUGUCCCUGGCGGAGGUGCUGGCGGAGAACGAGGAGCUGGAGAAGGAAGCGCGGGCCGUGCUGGGGGGCAGCGACCACGAGCGCUGCAGUUACUCACAGGGCGCGGUGAAGCGGCAGGCGCUGUACGCCUGCAGCACCUGCACGCCGCCCGGCGCCGAGCCCGCGGGGAUCUGCCUGGCCUGCAGCUACGAGUGCCACGGCACCCACCGCCUCUUCGAGCUCUACACCAAGAGGAAUUUCCGCUGUGACUGUGGAAAUAGCAAGUUCAAAAAUCUGCAGUGCAAGUUACUCCCGGAAAAGGUCAAGGUGAAUUCAGGAAAUAAAUAUAAUGACAAUUUCUAUGGAUUGUACUGUACUUGUAAGAGACCUUACCCUGAUCCUGAAGAUGAGAUUCCAGAUGAGAUGAUUCAAUGCAUAGUUUGUGAAGACUGGUUCCAUGGAAGGCACCUUGGUGCAGUUCCCCCUGAAAGUGGAGACUUCCAUGAGAUGGUGUGCCAGGCCUGCAUGAAACAUUGCCAUUUCCUAUGGGCUUAUGCAUCGCAAUUAGCAGUUCCUCCUUUGACCAAAGCAAACUCCCUUGAAGAUGAAGGGAUUGUCCUGAAGGUAGAGGAAAAUGAAGAGCAGAAGAAAGACAUAAAAAAAGAAAGUGGAAUGGAACACCAUGACACAAAGGAGGAAAAGCAAUUGGAACAAUUUAAUGAGCCAUCCACUAGCUCUGGGCCUGCCUGUCCUGAGGUAGUUACUAAGAGUGAGGAGCCAGUCUGCAAGCUGAAAGAGCUCCAAAGCAAGCCAUUUGUAAAAAAAGAUACUGCUACCUUUUGGCCAUCGAACUGGAGGAGCAAAUUAUGCACUUGUGAGGACUGUCUGAAAAUGUAUUCAGAGCUUGAAGUCCAGUUCCUGACAGACGAAUGUGACACUGUCUUGGCUUAUGAAAAUAAGGGUACCAGUGACCAAGAGACAGAGAGAAGAGAUCCUUUAAUGGACACCCUUAACAGUAUGAACAGAGUCCAGCAAGUGGAACUCAUCUGUGAAUACAAUGAUUUAAAGACAGAACUGACUGACUAUCUCAGGAGGUUUGCAGAUGAGGGAACGGUGGUUAAAAGAGAAGACAUUCAGCACUUCUUUGAAGAAUUUCAGUCUCGGAAAAGGCGACGGACUAACAGGAUGCAGUACUACUGUAGUUAGACUGAGAGGGUUUGGGUCUGAAAGGACAACUGGCAAAACAAUGCUCACUGGCAAACAGAAAAGGCAUCUUCCUUUUUUGGCUUCUCAUCAAAAUCCUGCUGUCCAGGAACCAUCAUCAUGUUGUCUUAUACUUCUUUCAUUUGCAGCACCUAAAACAUGUUCUUAACAAAUGCUUACACUGCACUUAGAGGGAUUUCAGUACCGAUCAUCUUUGUAUUCCCGUGAAAGCCGGCCUUGUCUCCCGGGGGGGAGGGCUGGCACCGGAGCAGCGUGUCCUGCUGCUUCCCUGUCGCCUCUUCCCCGCUCACCGCCGGGGCCCGGAGCCGCGGCUGCGCUGCACCCGCCCGGGCUCUCCCCUGCACUGCCCUCGGUGCAGGGGACGCGCUCCCGCCUUUCCUGCUUCAGUGGCUGUGUCUCCUCCCUUCGGGCUGUAGCGAUGCGCGGGAGGUGCCUGUUCCUGCCCUCAGCGGCUGGGAUGGGCCUGGCUGUGGCUGAACCCAGCCCGGGGGCUGCUCGCAGAUGGGAAAGCAGAGCUUAGGCUUGCUGCAAAAGAGUCUUCUAUCUGGUUUUAUACAUUUAAAAAAGCCCUUAUUUCUACUAUUGAACAGUGGUGAAAAAAUUGUCAGAUUAUCUUAAUUCACUCAUCGGAACUUAAGAGCUAGGAGGAGGUACUAAAUUACAAAGUAAGCAUGGGGGAGGGGGUUUGUUAUAUGCUUUGAUUUUAGCCUACAGCCAGUUCUACUUUAUAAAUGUUGCUGAAAACAGUGCAGCGUCCUGGUAUUUUGCUACAGUAUGAAAUGUUCUUUUUAUAACCACUGUGAUAAUCAUGGGACAGGAGAUGUUUCACUGACUUUUAAGACUACAUUUAGCUACAAUUAAAAAUUAAGAUUUUGUAAGUUUGGAGCCUAAUGUAGUUAGACCCCAAAACAUAUAUUAAAGUUCUAGUUUUUGAGGAUUUCUUUAUCAUGGGGUACUAUUCUGCUUCCAUGUUAAUGGUUUUUGAAAAGCAAAGGUAGACUUCUAUCAUUCUCACUAUUAACUGUUUCUGACCACUUUAUUUACAAAGAGUAGUUUAGCAUAGAUGCUCAGCUGAGCAGUUUCAUAGAACAUAGAAUAUUCUGAGGUGGAAGGGACCCAUCAGGCUCAUCACAUCUAACUCCUGGCCCUGCAUAGAACACCCCAAGAGUCACACCCUGUGCCUGAGAGCAUUGUUCAAACACUUCUUGAACUCUUGUCAGGCUUGGGGCUGUGACCACGUCCCUGCGGAGCCUGUUCACCCUCUGAGUGAAAAACCUUUCCCUGAAAUCCAACCUAAACUUUCCCUGACACAACUUCAGGGCAUUCCCUCAGUCCUGGCACUGGGCACCACAGAGAAGAGAUCAGUGCCUGCCCCUCCUCUUCCCCUCUCAGGAAGUUGUAACUGCAGUGGGGUCUCCCCUCCGUCUGCUCCAGGCUGCACAGAUCAAGUGACCUCAGCUACUCCUCACAUGGCUUCCCCUCAAGGCCCUUCAAAGUCCUCCUGCCCCUCCUUUGGACUCUCUAACAGCUUUGUAUGUAUUUUAUAUUGUGGUGCCCAAAACUGCCCCAGCUCAGAGAGGCGGGGACAAUCCCCUCCCUUGCCCAGCUGGCAGUGCUGUGUCUGGUGCCCCCAGGACAAGGGUGGCCCUCCUGGCUGCCAGGGCACUGAUAACUUAUGCUCCAUGUGUCAUCGACCCCCAGGGCCCUUUCCUAGUUGCUUUUAAAUUUAACUCUGGGUAUUGUACAUGAUCUUUUUUUGGUAGCAAUUGUUAUGGGAGCUGUAACUGCACAUCUAACUUCAAUAUAAAAAAAUUAAAAGAA